AUGAAGAAGCAGAAGUCCACCUACACCGCACGUCGAGAGGAAGCUCAGAGACUUCGUCAGGAAGUCAAGCGACUGACGUCGGAGCUGCAAGAGCUCCAAUUCAGCUCACUAUCUCCCGAAGAUGCGGCGUUCCUGGACCCAGCAGUGCAACGUAUUGUGGAGGAAAACCGUCUCUUGACGUCCGUGGCCAAGGGUGAGCAGCUCAAAGUCGCCACAGCGCAGUCGCUGCUCACAGCGAGUCUGGGACCGCAAGAAUCGCAUCCACUGUACACACGGAUCUGCCUGACCAAAGAUUGGAGUGAACGUCAACAAACUCUGAUGGUUGUACGUCAGCAAAAGCUACAUAACGCCUAUGAUUUUUUAAUGGCACCGGGGAGAUUCGAGGAUCCGGAUAAGCCGCACACAUCGGACCACCGCUACGAGACGCCCGAGGGGGAUAUCUGCGCCGUUCAUGCAGAGGUCAUGCAUUUCCCUGGAGUCGAGUCGCUUGAUAAAGUUUGGAGGGCCGUCAUGUUCCACUACAACAACAUCGAGAUUGAUAUCUCGGAGAAAUUGGGCCACACGACUGUGCGAGAUGACUACGACUCAAUCGAAGGAAGUGUGCAUAAUAUUCGCGUUCUGUCGCACUCGGAGAACUGCACGGCCGUUGAAAGCAGCAUCGUCACGUUCUCGCACUUCUUCACUGAGGACGAAGAGUUUGGGGGUCAAACAUGCGGCGUUUUAGCACUUGAUUGUAUUGAUGAGGAUGAAUUGUAUCCUUACUAUCCGGAAAAACGCGUUCGAUUGGACACUUCGGGCGCUAUCGUGUUGACAGCAAACAAGGGUUCGAACGAUGGAGAGCUGGUUGUGACGCUUCGGCGUGCAGCAUUCGUCAAGCUUUACAAUCCGCAGUUCCCAAUCUCAGAAGCCAGACGCCUAGAGCUUCAGACAGGGAUUGGACAGUGGGGAGACGUGCUGAUGAAGGCGAUCCGUAGCUACGUGUACGGAGCUCUAUAA